UUAGUCGAAUGAAAGCAUGGUUUGGAAACAGCGUGGCCAUGGCUUCAUGGAAGAACCAGUGGCAAGAAAGUCUAUAAAAAACGGUUUGUGAAAGAUAAGCAGGGUUUCAUCACAAUCUUGGCGAAUCUACUAAUUGCGUUCUCUAAAUUCACCAUGUUAAGACCGGCUUCACUUGCAGCUGUUAGAAGGGUACAGUCAUCCAUAUGUUGUUAUAGAAGAAAACUGCUACAAUCAUAUGGAGUACUCCAGAUGUUGCCAGAUAUGAACGAGAUGUACAGAAAUAAUAAUGCUAUUUUUCAUCAACCAAAUGUACAUCUUUAUCAUUCAACAAGGGCUCUGAUUGGUUCACUGUAUUCUCCAGACAGACGUUAUUGUACUGAUAAAACUGCAGAUAAAUUGAACACUAUGAUUGAUGGGAGUAAUGCAGAUUGUGAUGAAUCAAUUCAAGAGAUUGGGGAAUAUGAUGAGGAAAUUAAGAAUGCCUUAAUGUUGAUAGAUAUGUGGAGAAGGUCUGGAAAGUACGUCCCUGAAAAAGUGACAGAUGAACAACUUCGAUAUUUCAGUAAAUUAACAACUAAAAGUGCCAGAAAAAAAUACUUGUCAUUACUGGCCAGGAAGGAGUUACUCCGUCAAGUCAGUAAAGAGAAAAAGGAAAGAAACGCUGAGAUACUUUCGAAGCGAAAGGAAGAGAACCUUGCACUGGGAAGAAAAUUUGACAAAAAUACCAUAUUUAUCUAUUUAAGUCAAUCAACCAUGUCUAACCAAAGCACCUGGAAUAUGGUACGUGGAAUGUUGUUUGAAUCCAGUAUUGUACUUGACUUUGACUAUGAACAUGUUGUCAAUCCACGUGAGAUAACUGCAGCAGUUAAACAAUUAACUGAUAUGCUCGGUGCCAUGAAAACAUUUUAUGAACCGUUUCAUAUGCAUUGGACCAGUAUACGCCCCGGUGGUGCGUACGAGUUGGAACUAAAUCGUAUAUUCAAAGAUUACCUUGACAGAGCUAUUAUAGACAUUUCACAUAAAUCUUUCAUGGAUUUAUUCCCCAAAGAUAAAUUAGUAUAUCUGAGUGCCGAUUCGCCAAAUGUUCUGACCCACUAUGACCCAGAUAAGGUGUAUAUCAUAGGGGUUAUGGUGGAUCUCUCCAUAAGAUCUGGUGUCUCGUUUGCAAAGUCAAAACGCCUUGGAAUACAAAGUGCACGCCUACCUCUUGAUCAACAUGUAAAAUGGAGUAAAGGUGCUAAAAACUUAACCAUUGAUCAGAUGGUGAAGAUAAUGUUGGAGUUGAAGAAAACAAACAACUGGAAAGAUGCAUUACAGUAUGUACCAAGUAGAAAGAUUGAAGGAUUUUAUAAAACAACCGAACAUCCAUUUGCGGGAAAUAACAAAAGAAGAAAACCAUCUAGAAAAGAAAUGACAAACUCUUCUCAUGGUAACUUCUCGUUUAGUCGUGUAUCACGUCCAAUCAGAGAUGAAAACAAAGACCAGGGUCCCCUCCCACCAGAUUUCUGGAAAAAAUAUCGCUGAGAAAUGUAUUAUUAAACAUGCAUUGUUUUUUAGAAAGCUGCUAAAACAAAAACCAAAUUAUAUGUCUGGCUUUGUUAUACAUUCUGUUUUAAUUUUGUAAGCAAUAAAUUUCUGCAAAUUUCACAAUUCAGUGAAAAUCAAAAAAAUUUUGUAGCAGUACAAAUACUUCCGGGGUCCUAAAGUGUACGAUUCAUUUGGAUGAGUUGAAAAAGUAAUUGUGUUUGUAGAAGUCAGUCAGACAGAGUUGAUAUACCUGUUAAAAUUGCCUGAUGCAAUAUCGUUGAUGCAGAUGUAAAAGUAUAUAAUUAGACUAGUUAUUAGAAAUGUAUGAUCAAAUGUGGAUCUGUGAUGACUUGGCUUGCAAUCAUAAAAUACUCACAAAUGUGAAUAUAUGGAUUCUAUUGCAAAAUGAUUUCAAAUCUGUUUCACUUAUUUGCUUUAAAGCAUGGGAGGAGGAGGGGGGCUUAUGAUUUAAAUUGAGUCUUUCAAAGUAUCACAUAACCAGUAUAUCCUGAUUAGAAUUAAAACUUAUUUUGAUUGGGCACAGCUCUGUCAUUUAUGUAAAAUGCGCUACUAGAGUUAAUAGAGUUAAUACAGUACCACAAAUUCCCAUUGAUACAGAUCAUUUACCUAUGCUUCUAAUAGGAUAAAUAUGAUACUUCCAAAGAUUGCAGUGUGAAUUAGGUGUGUCAAAAUUUACCAUACUUUUCAUGGGGUUUGAUUAGCAAAAUAUCAUUGUGCAUAUGGAAACUGCAGAAUAUUAUUUGACAGACAGAUUUAAAGUAAACAAAAAAUAUAGUUGACAUAAUUAAAUUUUACAUAUUAGUAAUGUGUUCAUGUUUAACUCUGGACUUUGUGAUUUAAUUAAAAACAAGUUUAUAUCAUUCUA